AACUGAUAUUUGGGUUUUUUUUUUUUUUUUUUUUGAGCUAGGCAUUGAUUCAGUUUCGGCAUCGCUAGCAACAGAACCAGAUGUUUUGAAAGACUCGUUACGAACAGCUUUAGAUAUUGGCUAUCGUUUGAUUGACACCGCACAGGUUUACGGUAACGAGGCAACUAUUGGGGAGGUUCUUCAUGAAUACUUUUCGUCUGGAAAAUUGAAACGGGAAGAAGUUUACAUUAUGACAAAGUUUAGUCUCAGAUUCUCACCAAAACAAAUGAGAGCAAAGGGAGAUUUACAUAGCGCAUGUUUGGCUGUUGCGAAAAUUGCCCUUAGAAUGCUUCCAUUUUAUGUUUACACCCCUGAAGAUAUUCAACGGUGUUUUGAAAAGCAGCUUAAAGACCUUCAAGUGGAUUAUGUUGAUCUGUACCUUAUGCAUUCACCAUGUAUCGGGGAAAACGUUUUCAAUGAAUCAAGUGGUAGAUUUGAGCCGAAAAUUACUGAUGGAGAAUUCAAUUUUGUUUUUAUUGAUUAUAAUCCAGUUCAGAUAUGGCGAUGUUUAGAGGAUUUUUACGAAGAUGGUAGGGCUAAGGCUAUUGGAUUAUCUAAUUUUAACAUAAAGCAAGUACAGCAGGUUCUGGAUCGUUGCGCGAUUUGGCCGUACAAUUUGCAGGUUGAAGCACAUUUAUAUUGGCCUCAAGAUGAAAUGUUAGAGUUUUGUGAAACGAAUAGGAUUACUUUAACUGCAUUUGCUCCAUUAGGAUCACCAAACAGAAAAACUUGCGAUCCGUCUACAUAUUGGCCCGAAGGCGAGCCUCUGAAAGACAGUUGUGUGCUCGAACUUUCAGAGAAGUACAAGAAGAGUGCUGCCCAAAUUUUGUUGCGCUAUCUUAUUCAACGUGGAAUCAUCGUAAUUCCCAAAAGUACAAAUCCCGAUCGGCUGAAGGAAAACUUUAACAUUUUUGAUUUUAAAAUAAGUGACGAGGAUAUGAAUAAACUAAAAAAUGUCCCUACUCGGCAGCGGCUUUUCGUCUUUGGAUGGUUACUAUUUAUUUUACUGUAUAAAACAAUUUGUAAUAGAAUUAAUUUAACGCAAAUAAUUGAAAGGUUUUUCAAAAGUCGUUACUUUCCGUUUGACGACGUUGAUAGGAUUAAAGUAAGAAGGUUGAUGGGUGAAGAGAUACCAGAAGAAGAGUUAAAGAAGCAAGAAGAAGGAAAUAAAACAGAGGAGGAAUCGGACGUCUCCACCGACGAGAAAAGAAAACCAUAG